GCAGCGCCUCUGGAAGAAGUCCCGCCGUUCAGAUUUUUCGGUAAUAAAUGGAAGGUUAAGCUGAUACCCGAAGACUCGUCGCGAGACCGGACGAGAUGCUGGAUCGAAGGUUACGUGGAAGAUGACAGGAAUUUGGAUGGCGUUUUGAGAUUGGGAGACGAAGUUGCUGUUAGCGGAGUAUUGAACAACCACGAAACCUUCGAAAUCUGGGGCUUGCAGCAGGUCGUCAGACAACCUUCAGGACCGCUGCCUACCUCGAUCGUUGAUAGGAUGAGACGGCAAUUGGACGGGAACGCUUGGGCUUUCGUUAAAGUUUUAGCUGCGAGCAUAGGCAGGUCAUUUAUACCGGAAGGAAUGUUCAUGCAGUUGAGACUCGGUUUGAUCUUGAGUUUGGCCAGCGUGAAUUUCCGGCCGCCAAUUCCAAUACUGGCGAUAUGCGAUGAUGAUGAACCUGUGCAGCGAUUGAUGCGCGAAGCUCUAAGUUUAACGGCUCGCUGCACCAGGCCCGUAAUUGAUAAUAACUUGGCUGGUGUCUAUUCCAAUGGUUGGUUGCAAGCCGGCUCGUUACAAUUGGCCUCCCGCGGAGUAUGCUUCCUGGGUCACUGGGAGAGUUACGUAGGUAGAAAAGGACAAGCUGUGAGGGAUGCUGUGGUAUCUGGCAGAAUCACUUUACCGGGUAGCGUGUACUUUGAGCCUCUUCAUACGGCGAUUUGGACUUACUGCAAUAGACCCAACAGGAAGAACAUCAAUAAAUUAGAAACUCUAUUGAAGGUUUUCGGAUUGGCUUGGAGGGUCGAGUCCGAUUUGGCAUCUGCAGAAGAUGCAGCGGAUUUAGCGUUGGGCAUUACCCAAUAUAGAGAGUUGAUCCCUCUAAAGGAAAUUCGCGACUAUCUAGCAUCGAUAAUCUCCAAUCCGGUGGAGUUAACCAAUGGCGCUAUGGAUCUUCUGAAGCAAUAUUUCACUUGCUCCAGAAUAGCUAGAAGAGGAAUGCUACCCUUGACAUCGCUCGAUCCUUUAAGAGCGUUAACGGAAGCGCACGCUAGACUGAACAAGAGGAUGUCUGCGCUACCUGAAGACGCCUUGGCAGCAAUUGAACUGUGCGAGAAAGCCUUAGGUCCGAUACCUGAAUUCCCGCCGCCCCCAGAGGAGACGAACGAAUUUGCGACUUGGCUCCAGAACAACGUCCUUGCGAUUUCCACGCAGUUUUCCACAUGUUAACGUUAAAAAUACGGCGAUAAUUACGUGCUAAACAAACUCAAGAGGAGUAUCGCUCAUUGUCUUCGCGGGGAGACCGCUAAAAAUAUCGGCGCUAGUAUAAAUAGCCUGGGCGGUUUUAAUUUUAGAACUGCGUAUUGAUUUAUUACAAAUCGUCGCGAAUUUCUUUCGUACACCCAAACUUUUUAGCGACUCAUUCUCUGCGAAGCAUAUAUCUUUAUAUACAACGUCAACUAUUUUUUUGCUUCUGAUCAUUAUUGAUAUUACCCAUUUUCUUCAAUUUCAGCGUAAACAAUUACACUGUGAUCGUGAUUGAUUGCAGCUUUUCGUUGGAAACGUUUCGUUUCUUCAAUCAUGUGGAUGGUUUUGUUCGAGGAAUUAAUCAGCACCGUCCAUAAUUGCCUGAAGAUUAUUACACUUCAAGUGGAAGACGCCGCAGCCGCCGCCGUUUUUAUUUAUUCGAGUUGUUCGAGUUUGCUUGCAUAGAACUUAGCGAUGAGCGUCGAGCGGAACAGUUGGCACAUUCGGAUAAUCCGUUCAAAACGAUCGUGCGCGUUAUGUAAAGUGCAAAUCGCAGCGGCGGCAAGAACCGAUCCAAGGACGACGACUCUCUCGCAGCCGUCUUGUAUAUGUAUAUGCAGAGAGAGAGAGGGUGAGAAGGGCUGGCUGGCUGUCCGACCCUACCCUAAUAGGAAACGUGUUGUCCUUCCCUUUCGAGAGAGAGAUGGUUGCGAGGGGAUUGUUGCAGGGACGUUGUGGAUGUGAGUCAUGAU